UGGCCAGAGGGCGCGGGUGGGGCAGUAUCUCGUGUGGGCUCUUCGAGGCUUUGCGGAGAGUGAAUGUCGUCAUGAGCGAUCAAAAGGACAGUAUGGCCACCACUGUCGCAGUCAGCCCCAGUGAAUAUCUGCAGCCCUCCACCACCACUUCUCAAGAUUCACAGCCCUCCCCGCUGGCACUUCUGGCGGCUACCUGCAGUAAGAUCGGGCCUCCGGCUGCCCAGGCCCCAGUCAGCACUCCACCAUCACAGCCAACCACACGCCGUCUGCACCCCAUCAAGCCCGCCCCUAUUGCCCCAGCUCCACCCAAAAACCUUGGGUUCCUCUCAGCGAAAGGAAAUGUUAUCCAGCUGCCCGCGGGACUUGGUUCGUCAGGGGCCAGCCCUAUUGUCUUCACUAUUCAGAGCCCUUCACGUCCUGCGGGCACAUCCACUGCCAACAUCCAGUACCAAGUGAUUCCUCAGUUCCAGGGGUCUCAGACCAUUCAAAUGAUGCCUCAGGGUGGACAGAUCCAGAUCAUCCCCGGAACCAACCAGGCCAUCAUCACUUCACCUGUCACAGUUCAGGCUGCCACACCAGCCCCGCCACCUCUGGCCCCGGCACAGACCCCCCAGCAGAAGAGGGUGACGAUCAAGCCAUCCUCUCAAAAGCGGCGGCAGAAUAAUGCCAGUGUAAAUGCUAACGUUGUACGGCUCCCUGGUGGACUUACGCUCCCACUUAAUGUUACUACUAGUGAGGUGGGAGGAGCGCAGGUUGUAACAGAGACUGCUGCUGCUCCGGUGAAGGGCAAGAGGGGGAGGAAGAGACAGGUGGCUAUAGCCCCGCCCACCCCGACCCCUCAGCCGGCCUCUCCGCCACAUGUAGCUGAACAGGUUGAAGCCUUACUGAUAGAGACCACAGCCGACAACAUUAUUCAGGCAGGAAAUAAUCUCCUGAUCGUGCAGAGUCCAGGGGGGGGUCAGCCUGCCGUGGUGCAGCAGGUGCAGUUGGUUCAGCAGAAAUCGGAUCAGCAGGUCGUUCAGAUCCCCCCGCAGGCUCUAAAAGUGGUACAGGCUGCCUCUGCCACACUUCCCACUGUACCACAGAGACAGACAGUCACACCCAGUGUGCAGGUGUCCCCCUCAGAACCCACACAGGUGCUGAUUAAAACGGCCUCAGGUGAAUGGCAAGCUGUACAGCUACAGGAGACAACUGUUACCACACCAACUACACCCACCACACCUGCGGUGGUCACUAAAAAGGCUCAAACAGGGACACGGAAAGAAAGGACUCUCCCUAAAAUUGCCCCAGCUGGAGGGGGUCUCAUAACACUGAAUGCAGCCCAGUUAGCUUCUGCUGCUCAGGCAGUUCAGACCAUCAGUAUUAAUGGUGUCCAGGUGCAGGGUGUUCCUGUAACAAUCACCAACGCUGGGGGCCAGCAGCAUCUCACAGUGCAGACGGUUCCAGGUACGGGUCUGCAGCUGGGCGGUGUGCAGACGCAGACCAUGCAGAUGGAGCAGACACAGACACUCGCACUGGAGCUGCAGAGUCAGCCUGGAGAGAAAAAAAGGCGUAUGGCCUGCACCUGUCCGAACUGCAAAGACGCAGAGAAGAGGCCGGGAGAGGUGGGGAAAAGAAAACACAUCUGCCACAUAGCAGGCUGUGAAAAGACCUUUCGAAAGACUUCCCUGUUGCGGGCGCAUGUCCGACUGCACACGGGAGAGAGACCCUUUGUGUGCAGCUGGGUCUUCUGCGGAAAACGAUUCACACGCAGUGACGAGCUGCAGAGACAUGCCAGGACACACACAGGAGACAAACGUUUUGAGUGUAGCAAGUGUCAGAAACGUUUCAUGCGGAGUGACCACCUCACGAAGCAUUACAAAACACACAUCAACACAAAGAGCCUGUGAACAUCGUCUUUCACAGGGUUUCAAGACCUUUGAGGGGGGGUAAAGAAAGAAAAACACUGUUCCCGGGGCUUGAAGGAUGGGAGGAAACAGAGGUCAACCUGCCUUCAAAUGUACAAUAUGUCCCUGGAACGUCACCUGUUUUGACCAGCUGUUUCAGGGUAAAAUGUCCACAUUUUUACUCACCCUCAUCAACAGAGGAAGGUUGGCUGGCCGUAAAAUGUGGCCCUCAACUGAGAUUCAUGAAGAACAUGGAUGCCAGUUGUGUCUUGGCUUGAUUCCUCUGGUAUACAGAGCGGAAAAGAUGUCUGUCUCAGCAGCAACAGACACUUCAGCCAAAAAAAAAGAAGAAAAGAAGUUACUUUCCAUCCUUAUUUACAUUUUUUCCACAUGUUUUUGGUUGUUUUAGCUAAACCAAGCCCCUCACAUGAAGUGUAGCAGCUAAUGGACAGUGUUUCCUGGCUUUUAUUGUGUAAAUGUUUGUUUUCUUGCAUACAAACAUACAUUUGUACAUAUUAUGGCAAAUUUGAAUACAGAAUUGACGCUUUGGACAAACUCUUCGCGCAGUUAAAUUAUAUUCAGUUGUUAAAUGAUUUUUUCUUUUUUUAAGUCUGCUUUGGAAUAUUAACAGAAGCUUGAAAUUUUGUAUGACUUUGGUUGAUUGUUUUUAAUAUUAGUAGAGGUUUUGGAAAAUAAUAUUUGGGCUUUUACGUACAUGUCCAUAUUAGACAAUCAUGUCUUGUAUAGAGGCGAUGAACAAGAGAGUAAAUAUGUUGGGACUUGGUUGCUACCUGUUGAAAGGUUGAUCAUCACAUAAAAUAAGGAAUUAAUUUAUUAUUGCUAAAAAAAAAAAAAAAAAAAAAAAAAAGCUUAAAUGACAUUGAAUGUAUGCAGGUUGUGUCUUUGUUAAAAGAUUGCAAAUGUGUCCAUUCAAAAAUGUAGAUGAUAACUCACGUUUAUGUUCUCAUGUAAAGCAGAAAAAAAAAAUCUCACAAAGUAGGACACAAUAUAAUGAAAAUGUGAUUGUGGUAACAUUACACCAACGGAAAUGUUUUAUUUCAUUUACGGUACAUGUAAAGCGGCUACAUGCUGAUGGAUUUAAUGGCUAUUUAAAUCCAGUCAUUCCAUUUAAGUUGAUCUAAGCUUUUGUCCAAGCUCUCUAAAAGAGGCCUUAAGAAGAAAAGAAAUCUGUGCUUAUGUAUGUUUGUAUAGUGUCUGAGUUCAUACUGUUGUAUUUGGGUGUAAAAUGUAGGAUAAUUGUUACACAAAUGUGUAUUGGCUAUUGUUGCCAAACAUGAAAUCUGUGGACUGUGUACAGUGUAAAUGAGAAGGAAAAAAGCAGCAUUGUAUAGUUUCAUUCCUGUAAUAUGUAAGAAUUAUAGAUUACCCUUUUUAUUGACUAAAAGUUGCCUUAGUCUGCAGCACCCCAUAUUUAAAGAGAUUUGUCUUUUUCCAGGGAACUGCAUUUGUAGACCUGCUUUAUUUUUCCUUUUAUUGUUAUUUUUUUUGUCUAACUUAUAAAGUGUAAAGAAAUGUCAAUUUAUGUGCACUGACCAAAUUCAGGGUUUUCACUGAGUGGAUCAUUUCAUUUUCUGGUUCAUGUACCUACAUCUGAUUUGACAAAAGAAAAGUUCUUUAGCUCCCCUUGAUAAACCCCACAUUUAAAGAGCCCUGGCUUUGAAAAUCGGUAGGUAACCCUGUGUUUGUAUGACUUGUAUUGAGGAGCUUAGACCAGAGAACUCGCUAUCUUUUUCUACAGUCAGACCACCGCUCCCACUCACCUAAUAAAGCAUAACAGACUGAGUGUU